GGGCCUCUCGCUCGUGGGAGCUCCUGGGCCAGUGGGCGUGUCCCCGCCCCGCGGCUCUGCCCCGGGCCAUGGCUCGCGGCUUCCCGGCCUCCAGGGGCUUGGCGGGCCGCAGGGCUGUGUUGAUGUAGUCGCGGGCGCUGCCCUACCUCGCUCCGGGCCGCGUCGGCGAGGGGCUCGCGGCCGGCUGGACUCCGGAGAUGCCCGGGGCCGGAGGUUGGGCCGCCGGCAGCGGGGGUGACGGCCACGUCCCCCGUCUAUUCCCGGUCCUCCCCGAGGGCCGCAGGCGCCCGCCGCGGGGGUGAAGCUCCUCCGCCCCGCCGCCAUGAGUCCCGGCGUCUGAGCCCACGCCCGCGUCUCCCGGCGCCGCCAUGGCGGCCAAGAUGGAGAUAACGCUGAGCGCGUCCCCGGCGCCCGCCCGGCACAUCCUCGCCGAGCCCGAGACGCGGGGGUCCCCGCCGCGCCGCGACCCCGACCCCGACCCCGACCCCGAGCUCGCCCGCCAGAGCUUCCGCCGCCUCAGCUACCGCGACGUGUCGGGGCCUCACGAGGCGCUGUGGCGGCUGCGCCGGCUGUGCCGCCUGUGGCUGCGGCCCGAGGCGCACUCCAAGGAGCAGAUGCUCGAGCUGCUGGUGCGGGAGCAGUUCCUGAGCAUCCUGCCGCCCGACCUCCGGGCGCGCGAGCCGACCCGCGGCCCCGCCAGGAGCCCCUCGGCCCUGGCCGCCCUGGUGGAGGACUUGCCGCGAGCGGCCAAGAGGCCCAAGCAGUGGGUGGCGGUUUGUUUGCAAGGGCAGAAGGUGCUCUUGGAGAAAACUGGACCUCAACUUGGAGGGCAAGAACUGCCAAAUUUUCAACUGCAAAUUCCUAGGCGAUAUUCCUGGGAAAGUUCUCUAGAAGAAUCUUCCCAGGAAGACUGGCAGAACCAGCUGAGCCCCAGUCAUGGGGAGACGACUCCCAUCCUGCAGGAACCAGCCUCCAAAGGGACAGAGGCCCCCAGAAAGAAAAGUGACAACAAGGAGAAUCCACAGCAGGAGAGGGUUAACGGAGCAAAGCCAUGUGCAGUGUCAGCUAGCAAAUCCAGAGGGAAUGGUCUGCAAAGUCCUGAGUCAAGAGUGGUGAAGACGAGUGAACCCCUCUUGUCUCAGAGGCAGGUCAGACCCCCAAAUGCUCAAAAACCAUUUACUUGCUACCAGAGACAUGGCCGGGGAUUGGAAUACAUCAGCAGUCCCCGAAAAAGCCACACACUAAGGGAGCUGAAGAAAAGCGAAGGAGGUAAAAGAAGCCCGAGCGACUGCUUGCAGCGUCUUGGUCCCCAGCCCACCCACUCUGCAGAGAAACCUUACAGGUGUGAUGACUGUGGGAAAAGCUUCACUUGGAAUUCAGAGCUGAAAAGACACAAACGAGUGCACACAGGGGAGAGACCAUACAUGUGUGGGGAAUGUGGGAAUUGCUUUGGACGACAGUCAACCCUGAAACUGCAUCAGAGGAUCCACACUGGAGAGAAGCCCUACCAGUGCAGCCAGUGUGGGAAAAGCUUUCGGCAGAGUUCAAACCUUCACCAGCACCAUAGGCUCCACCAUGGUGACUGAACACAAGGCUUCAUGCUUCCUGAUGGAAGGAAGGUGUCGUGUUUCUUCCUCUUACUUGCAUGUAAAUCACAAAGACCACCUGUGUGACUUACAAAGAGAGCAAGAAUAUUUUAAGCUCCAAGGAAUACAUUUGGUAGUGAGAAGUUCAGAAGAAGCUGGUAGAGAUGUGACUGCACAGUGCCAGGAUGAUGAGAUACUGGUAAUGGACCACAAAGAGAACCUUAGUCCCUUAGAGAGCAGGGCAACUUCUGAGAGGGAAUAAGGACAGUCCUAUAGGUGCCCCCUUACUGAUAAAUCUCCUCCACCCCUGCUGGUUUAUUUAUUGUCUAAAAUAUGUUUAAGAGUAAAUUAUAUGUAUUUUAUGUAUUUAUGCAUUUGCUGUUGAAUCACAAUCUUUUAUCUUGCACAAACUUCUUUAAUAAAGAUGAGUGAUCCACCAGAA